AUGUAUCCUUUCAACCAGAACUUUAUCAGGGAUAUAGGAUCAAGGCAAUCACAGCAGCAAGGAUUCGGUAAUAACAGCCAUGUAGGUAGAGAUAUGGGACGAUACAGAAAUGACAGUUGGUUUUCUCAGCAAAAUAACCCAAGAUAUGGAAAUGACUCGAACAAGUAUACAGAUAUGUAUGGAAAUGCUAAUCAAGGUAGGCAAGGUUUUCAAGGGGAAUAUAAUAACUUCAAUUGUCAAAGGCAAUUGUCAGAUAAUCAAACUCAACAGAAUGAUAGACAGUACAUGAGGCAGAGUGAGUACCAAAGAAGUGGAAGCUAUCCUUGCCAAUUUGGGCAUCCAUAUUUUCAAGGAACUACAGCUUCAAAUCAAGUAAACUGGCUUAUAGACAGGCAAAGAAGAGCUUUCAGUGGUCAGUCUUAUUGUUUCGAAGAAGAACGAUGCUCUCCUGAGUUUAAUUAUCCAAGAGGAAGACCGUACCCCAAUGAGUGGGAGUUACAAAGAGAAAGGCAUAAUUCAGCUGAUCAUCAUCAACAUUUUGAAAGACAAGACUUCGCUAAUGAUGGUGUAACAAGGGAAAUAAUGCAGCCAAAUUUGUCUCACUUUAAACAGAAGUACUACUGUUCAUCUUCUCAAAAUUUCAACCAUGAUCAAAGCUGUGGAAGAAACUUUACACCUUACAAUGACCAGACCACAUUGUUUCAGAAGCACAUAUCACCUCAGAGAUAUAGAAAGAAGAAUAAAAUGAUAAAAAUGAGUUAUUUGAAUCAAAGAUAUGUGCCAGAAAAUGUGCAGAGAUCUAAUAUGAUGCACUAUUCCUCCAAUCAAAAGACUCAAGUCCAUUCAAAACUUGAAAACUGCAGUGAUCACUCAACUGAACAUGACAACAAGGAAACUGAAAAAUCUAGUACCUUGGAUCAGGACAAUAUAAAAGAUUUUACUACAACUCUUGUCAAUACAGCUUCUGAAAAGCUAUUGCCAAAUGAUCAAUCACUUCAGAAAAGUUCGCAGGAAAUGAAAUCCAAACUGUCAUGUCUCGAAAUGGAGGGUGACAAUAAGAGCAGUUCUAGCCAUAUGGUUUGUGAUAAGGAGGAAAUUGGACCCACAAAUGUCAAUCAGAAAGUUUUCUGCAAAACACCAGUAUGUAACGUACAGACUGAAUACAGUCCCUCUAGCAAUGAAAAUCAAGAAUGUAAGAUUCAGUCUCCAAGUACUGAGCAGGUGGGUGGAAUCACUGGUCGAACAACCAAAACAGAUCAGUCAGCUGUAGAAAAUGUACAACAUUGUAUGGAACUUGUUAGUCUGGAUGGUGAAACAUGCAUGUUGCAAGAUAAUGAAAGAAACACAGGUUCACCUCAGCAAUCAAAAGAUGCACAAUGUCUCUUGAUACGUCCAUCAGUUGCAGAGAAGAAUAAGCCUCUGUCUCCAGCAAUGAAGGAUAGAAAACAGUUUUUUGGGGUACCCCUGCAGAAAAGAGGUAAAGAGACCCCAAAACCACAAGGGACAGGAAAAACCUGGUCAUCUAGUGAUUAUUUUACAGGUAGUGGAGAAUCCCAAGAUAUACAAUCAGGUACAGUUAAGGUUCAUACAGGAAAUUCAAGUAUAAACACAUCUGUAGGAAGUGAACUGGUAUCAGAAUAUUCCAAUGCAGAUAAUAAAACAUGUGUUGGUGGAAAUGGAGAUCAAGACACUAUUCAUAAGUACAGUACUUCAGACAUAGGAGACAGCUUAAAGGGAAGUAAGAUCAGAACACCAGCAGCUAGAGAGGGACAAGAAGGAAAAUGGAGAGACGGAAGACAUUCAGAUAUGUCUGAUAGCAUGGAAGGAAAUAGGGAAAUAUGUGAUAGAGAUGCAUGGCAAACACCAGACAAGGAUUCUAGCAGAAGAGAAAGGAUAGCAAGAGAUGACAAACAGCCACUGUACUGUAGAGAACAGCAAGUGACUUCAAGAGGAAUGGAGACUGGUAAAAAAUAUACAGAAAAUAAAAUGUCCUUCACACAGGAACAACAAUCAGUUGACAAAGGUGAAAAAAUGACAGAGAGCGUGACUUGUUCCCAAAACACUGGGUUAACCUACAGGGAAAAGAACCAACCUGGUGAAAGAAGACAGUAUAAUAGUCCCAACAGAUUUCCUCGGGAUCAUGAUAAACGAAGACAAUAUGGAUCAUCGCAGUAUAAUUCACCACGGAGUAGACAGGAGAAUUAUUACUCACAGAAUAAGUGCUUGGAUAGGGAUAGAACAAAGCAACACAGAAGUAGUAUUGAGGAAUUUCAAAUAGGUUCAAAACAGAGGAUAGAGGGAUACAGAAGGUCAAGAGACUCGGAGAGUACAGUUUCACCACAGGGAAGGAACCAAGACCAAUUCUCAUAUGGUAGUGGUAGAUCCUACAGAGGUGAUCAGUAUUCUAAAAUUCAUAAUCUGAAUAGCUCUCCAUGCUGUGAUUCAUCUAAUUUUGGUAAGUCAGGAGCAAAGAGAGGAAGUUUGGAUUCUAGCUGUACACUUAACAACUAUCCUGACCAAAAAUGUGCUCAAGUUGAUAGAUCAAAAUCUUUUGAUGAGCUUAAGUCAAGUCAAAAUUCUGAAAGUUUACAGAGAAUAGAUCAAAAAGUGAAGCCUCCCAUGAUGGAACAAGAUCCCGACAUCUCCACAAGGAAUAGAAAUGUAAAGGAGUUAUAUUACAAGACAAUUGAACAAAACACAGAUGUGAGCAGACAUCAAAGGAGCAUGCAUGGAUAUACUACGACAGAACAAAAGUCUGAUAAUGCACAAAAGAUUCAAAUCGUGGAGAAUCCUACAAAAACUGAUAGAGUGGAAUUAGAAAUGAAAGUUUCUGGAUGUCCAAGUGGCAAUGAUGAAGAUUGUAAUGAUAGGUCAUUAGAGGACGCCCCUAAGGAACAAAAAGAGAACAAAUCAAAAUUCAGCUCUGUGUGUUGUGCGACAGAUACUCAUGACAAUACUCAUUCUCACAACAAAUCGAGGUCAGCAAUGUUUGAAGAAAGUUCUUCUGCAAAAAUUACUCAAAGCAUAUGUACCAAUAUUUCUCCACAGCAAUUUUCAUCUGAUGUGUCUGAGAUUAAAGGCAACAUAAACAAAGCAGAUGAAGUUUUUCCAAGUAAAAAUAUUCAAGGAAAUAAAGAAUGUUCUUCACAAUCCAAAUUGCUGAUUAAAUCACACACAGAAAAUAAGAAGCAGCACAACAAAAUGAAUUCAUCACAACAGCUUCAGAAAGGCUUUUUGUCGAUGAAACCAAAAGAUAAAGGUCAAGGCUGUAUGCUUCACAAUGACAAAGAUACCCAAUCACCCAUGCCUACAAAACCCGUGGAGGAAAGUCUUCAUAGUGUUUGUGAUCAGAAGGGACACAAUCAUAAAUCAGCCUUAUCUGUGAAACCAUCUAAUGUAUAUCGAAUGAGCAGUUAUAGCAAAGAGGAAUAUAAUCAAUCACCAAAGAGACAGUACUCAAGUGAAAGGGAAUCUCCUAGACGGGGUCGACAUUCCUCAGAUUCCAGCCAGGUGAGAGGUAGCAGUAGAGACCAUGAUAAAGUUAAGGACCGAAACAGGAGUACAAGUGGGGGAAGCACACAUUCUUCUGAUACAGGAAGGGCAAGAUCACAUUCUAGGGAAUCAGACAGUCAUUAUAAAGACAAAAGAUCCCAUACAUCACAUAAGAAUGAUUAUAGGAAAGUGGCAGGAGAAAAGAAUAACGAAAGUAAUUUUGAUAGUGAUUCUGGUAAUCACAUACAACACAUUCACAGACAUCAACAUAGGUCAAAGAGAGAUAAAUCUAAUAGUCAUAGGCACAGACAACGAUCAAAAGAUGAUUCUUCUUACCAUGGUGAGAGAAAAGAGGCAGGUCAGCAAAGGUCAAAGGACAUGGACUCUAGUUCAAUUCUUCGAUCAAAUGAAGAGCACCGAGAUGGAGGCAGAAGUAAGGCAAGGUACAGCAGGAUGGAUAGUGCUACAGGCAGGUGGAAGGAUGAUGACAUUUAUAUUGGAGGUAGUGAUGUUGACAUAGAUGAAGAAGACUCUGAUGAUGAAUUGGAGACUCCAUUUUUCCUGACCUCAUUAACAGAGGCAAGCUCCAGACCAAUUCCUUCCACGCCAACCAAGGGUAUUAAUUCUUCAAAGACAGAAUCACCGACACCAUCCUGCAGGCCACAGAUCUCGCUGGCUCCUUUGUCUUCAUUCAACUCAGGCUUCUCACUGGAUGUCCUAUUAGCUGAAGCCAUUGAUAAGACAUCAGAAGAAAGACAGUGUGAAGACAUGCAUGCAGUACUGGAGGAAGGACUUAGGAAAGGUGGUUUUGUGAAAGAUACUUUGGAGGUUUCUGAAGAAGCAGUUGUUGAUGAAGAUCUGUUACCUGAACAUGAACUCAAACUUAAGGAAUUCCAGAUUUAUAAGAGCAAAAUGAGUGAGGUACACCCAGGUGAGAAUAUCUUCCUUGGUAACAAGUACCAGUGCCUGUUCAAUGCUGACGUCUCCCUACAAGCAUGUGGCUUUGUCCCAGGAACUACCUACAUUGAUAAACAUCUCAUAACUGUUCAACCAGCUAACUAUGUAACUCUCCUGACAUCAGACAUCAUGCUGAUGUGUUUUGAUGCCAUCUCCUGCCAAGAUGCUGUGCUGCGGUGGCUGUUAUUUAUAAUGUCGGUGCAUCCAAGUCACCUACUGAUAAAUUGCUGCUAUAAAACUAUCCAGGAGCACCUUUACUCUUGUCAGCAUUUCAGCUGUAAAGCUAAACAUACCUGGUCUCCUGCAGUGACAGACAUAUUAUCUAUACUCUGUAACUAUGGUGCAGAUCCAAAUGAAUUACUUCCAAAGUCCUUGGUGCCAAAUACAGAAUCUCUCCGAAAAUCCCUUUUUCAGCAGAAUAAUGAGAUUCCACCAGCUGGCAAAUACAACCGUGAAAAUUUCCGUCUUGUCCUUAGCUCUCUUGCCAUGGCAUUCCAAAUCAGGCCUAAGUAUACUGACAGGCAGGUUACACAAAUGAUAGUCAUGCUUUGUAAGGCAGCUCUUGACAAAUCUCUGAACAACUACAUGUUGACUCAUGAGUUUGAAGUUGUGCUGGCCUCACUGAUGAAGUUGUACACAGAAGCUGACUGGACCUCUCAGUCGCUGAUAUUGUGUCGAGAGUUGUCUACCUUGACAGAACAUCACCAUAACAAGGUUUACUUGGCUCAGUUACUUCCCCCUACCACAAAGGGAAAUUUCCUUCAGAGGCGUGUCAGUUUCUUGAUGAUACACCAACUUUUCUAUCCAGAUCAGAAAAUUUCUGAUGAUGUUGUCCUGCAUUUCCAGCUGAAUCGAGUUCACAAUGUUCUGCCACGAUUACAAGGGCUAGCUGAUGAGGACAUCUAUAUGUUGGCAAGCUCUGUUAGUCUGUUGGACCUGUGCAUUGGAAAUGGACUAAUCAAGUCUGCAGAGAAGGAAGAUUUGGAGUAUAUUACAGAGCAGAUGAAAAAACUGACUGGGGAAGUGAGAGACAAUGUGAGGAUGUUAGACAAGACUCGCAUAAAAGACAUGAUGAUAAGAAUAACAAGCAAGUGGACUUUGGUACUCCUCAGUACUGGCAGCAAACAGAGAACUCUCUUUGAGUGUCCUGGUAAUUUUAGGAAGUCUCUAUCUGAAGUGAAGAUUGAGACUGUGGAUGCUAGUCAGACUGAUCAGGCUUCUGAAUCCGAGGAAGAAGACACUCAGUCCGAGGAGGAGAAUCCACCAUCAGAGGGGGAAAAACAUAAAAAAAUCAAAACAAAAAUCAAAACAGUAACAGUUGAUGAGAAAAAUGGGAAUAUGUCUGCAUCAGUAGGUGAUGAAAGGAUGGAGGUGGAUGAGGAUGAUGAUUUACCAGAAUUGUAAAACUGCCAUCUUUUCUCACAGAUUAGCUGGAGCAUGGCAACCAUUAUUCUGAUGACAGUAGUAUAAAAUUGAUUUAGUUAUAAGGUUAAUGGGGAUAUAAAACUGGAUUCUGUCGUCUCUGUAUUCAAUCUGCAAGACCUUUUCAAAUAAUUCAACAAAAUUUCCUACACCUGAGUCCAGUGGUCUAGUGCAGGAAGUUCCUUCUGCUAUAGAGGCAUUUUCAGUCUCGGUCUUUCUUUUGGUUAUCAGGAAAACAAAUAGUAAAAUUCAUUGAUUCUAAUUUUUCCAGAAUAUAUCUCCAAAACCUUAAAACAACUUCAUUAAUCACCACUUUUGUUCCAUCCAUCAUAUGGACUGUUACCUUUAACCUUCCUAUUAAAUGAAAAAGCUCAGCCAGAUAGACAGAUGGCUGAGCUCCCAUCAGGGGAGGAUGGGUGAGGGAGUAAGUGUCUGAACAAGUAUGUCCUAGUCAAUGUAAUGAAUAUACUUAUCAAUGUGAUAUCUUCACUUGUUAUUAUGAUGUUAAUUUGGCAAUGACAUCACAAAUUAAACUCAUGAUGUCCUUGUGCCCCAUAAAUGAGUUUGAUGAGUUACAGGUAACUAGUGAGAAUUUCUGAAAAUGACAGAAUGACAGUUAAGGUGUGGUUAUAUACUCAUUAAUGCCUGCAGUUAUUAGAUAAUUAAUUUGGGAUUUAAUUUUAAAACAUUGUUGGACUUUACUUCAAGUUUUAAAACAUUGAAUGUUAGUAUAAUUUGUGGUUGAUUGGUUGAUAUAUUAUAAAGAAUGGUCUUGUAUCUGGUCCGAUUCUGAAGUACUGGGUGGAUUUUUUUUUAAAUUUCAUAUGUAGGGACCCCUUGGUCCUUAGUUGUGCCAUUUGCUUUUGGGACUGAUCAGAAAAAUAAAAUAGCUGGCAAUCUUGGAUUUUGACAUUGAGAUGUUAUUAUAGAAUUUUCUCCAUAGGUACUGAAUGGAUCUGUUGCAAAUUUCAUAUGCAGGUUUCCUUGAUCCCUAGUUGUGCAAUUUCAAUUUUGAUGAUGCUAGUAAAAACAGAAUGGCUGACAUGCAGCUAGCUUGAAUUUUGACAAAGAAAUUAUGUUAUAGCAAUUUCUUGAGAAGUACUGGAUGGAUCUUUCUCAAAUUUUAUAUGAAGGUUGUAGGUUCCCUUGGUCCAUUGUGCACUUUUGAUUUUGGGACUGAUCAGAAAGACAAAAUACUGACAUAUAACCAUCUUUUGCUUGGCAUUGGCAGAUUAUUAUUCCUAUUUCUGUAGAGGAAUUUGGUAUAAUUAAGAUAAAAAAGUGGAAAGAAGUGAAAAUUUCCAACAUUUAAAGAACAAAUAAAGAUUAAACAAUGGUCAUCAAGAUUCUUGUGGUAUCUUUUGUUUCCUAAAGCAUUUCUGUAAAGAUGUAACGGGAUGAAAAGAUACCAGAAAACUUUAAAGUAAAUUUAUUUUAAUUCCAUGUAGGAUCUGUACCAUUCAUCGCUACAGCAAGGUUCUGAUGUAAAAUCCUUUUAUAGAUUUUAUUACAUCAGGGGUUGCACAAUGCAAUUCAAUUUGUUGUUUUUUAACUUGUAUGACUUAGUCUUACUCUCCUUUCUUGUCAAUUUAAAUCAUUUCAUGUGGAAUUACAACAAAAAGCGUUCAUGUGUUGUAAUGUUUUAUUGAUUAUUAGCUUGUGUCCGAGAGAUUUGAUUUUAGGUUUUGUACAUGUAUGAAUCCUGUACUUUAUACCUCCACUAUUUGAAGAAAAGGGUGCUAAAGAAGUCAACCAAGUAUAAGCUGUACUGCACCUUAAUAUGUUGAUUUUUUUAGCCUAUGUGUUCAAGCAUUACUGGAUCACAAAUGUCAGUUGGUUGUUGAGUACGAAAUAGUUUAUGAAUAAGUAUGACUUAUUGUCAUUAUGCCGAACCAUUUUCUGGUGUCCAAAAGGGUAAAUUUUUGUUUGUUAAUUUUGGAAGCAAGUCAUAUGUUUUAGGUUUUUGUAUUUUUCAGUUCGUUUAGAACUAGAUAACUAAUUUCAAUUGGCAGUUGACAAUUAAAAAGUUAAAAAAUUAAAAUCAAUUAUCAGUAUGCUGAACCAUAUCUUAAAUAUUUCUUACUCCCAAAAGGAGUAAAUUUGUUUGUUAAUUUUAGGAGCAAGUCGUAUAAAGUCAACUUAUUUCAAGCAGUACUAAUCACAAUCUUCAAUGGGCAUAAAUCAUGAAAUAGCUCAAGCAUUAAAAUGAAUCGUUAGCAAUAUGCUGAACCAUAUUUUUUCAUAACAAAAUUAAAUUUACAAAAAGUGGUAAUUUUGUAUUCAUAUGAAACAUGUCAUCAAUAGGUGAGCUCAAACAUAUUGUGCUUUAUCUGCAUUAGUUAUUAUUUUUCUCGUGGAGAAUGUAAGUUUGACAUAAAUAAAUGAAAGUUGGAGUAGAUGCUUUCCUGAACACUUGAAAAGUCUCUCUGUAAAUGUAUACAUAUGUAUAUAGAUGUACAUUCCUGACCAGAUAAUAUGUAAAAUACUUAAAAUGAUAAUGUAUGGAAAACAUGACCAACUGAAACUAGUCCAAGAAAACAUGGAGGUUGACUUUGUGAAUAACUUUGAUUGAUAUGGGUGUCCACUCAAUAAGAUGUGAUGGUACAGGCAUAAAUUAUAAAAAAUUAAACCCUUAAAAGAUUAUCUGUGGAAACAUUAUGUAGAUCCCAUGAAAAAGAAAACCAAACAAACAGUAAACAAAAGAUAUUCUGUCUAUGAAAGAAGCUGAUCGCAGUCGUGAGCUCUGCCAGGAAAUGAAAUCAUAGAGACUUAAGAUUGAGGUUUUCAUGAUUGAAAUAAUUAAAAAGUAUUUGAAUGAAGUGCGGAGGAUGGGUUGAAUAGUAUUUGAGAGUGUAAGAGUGAUAUUGUAUCUAAAAUGAGGAAAGAGGAGCUUUGUUAUCUUUUAUUAAACAAAUAUUUUUUUUAA